AUGUAUCGACCUCCACGAAUAGCCCUCUCGGGGGUCAAACGAGGUCUGCUCGCACUCGGGACCUCCAGGUCGUAUGCCUCAUCUUCAGAACCUGUUCUUCGAACAGCCCUCUUCUUCCCCGGUCAUGGCGUCCAGCGCAAAGGAAUGACGAGGCCCUGGAUCGAAGCUUUCCCCCGGACGUGUAAACCGUUUUUAGAAGAGAUGGAUGACAUAGUGCGUUGCAAGCUGUCCACCCUCAUCGACGAGGGCCCCAUACUGCAGCUGGACAAGACGGAAAAUGCCCAGCCUGCCAUAAUGGCCGUCUCCAUCAUGAUCUUGAAGGUCCUCGAGCAAGAGUUUGGCUUCAAGACGGAGCAAGCGAUCGACGUCACGUUGGGACAUAGCUUGGGGGAGUAUGCAGCACUGGUAGCUGCCGGGAAUCUGGAGUACGCAUAUGCUCUCGACCUGGUCCGGAGACGCGGCGACGUCAUGGGGGAAUGCACACGCAAAGCAAAAGAGGAAUCCGGGGAGGACUUCGGCAUGAUUGCCCUGGUCUGCGAGCCGGGACAGCUCGAUUCGCUUAUUGCCGCGGUCAGAGAGUUCCUGAGCCAGGGCUCUGAAGGCGCGAAGGACGACUCCAGCGCUCUCCCGGCAUUCCAGCAGAUCUCCAUUGCCAACGUCAACUCCAAGAACCAAAUCGUGCUCAGUGGCAGCUUCCAGCGGAUACGGAACUUGCUGGUCCACAUACGCGAAUUUGGCGGCCAUGACCCCCGAGCCGUGGAGUUGAAGUCGCGCUCAGCCUUCCACAGUCCGAUCAUGAUGCCGGCAUAUGAAUUCAUGAAAAAGGCCCUAACCCCCGACAAGGUGACAUUCCCUGGCCGUGUGCCUUGUAUCAGUAACGUCACUGCCAGGCCCUUCCGAUCAAAAGACGACCUCAUGCAGAACCUGGCGAGGCAAGCCGUCGACACGAUCCUCUGGUGGGAUUCGAUCAAGUAUCUGGAUCAGCAGGCUGGAUGUCGCCGGUGGCUCGGCUUAGGACCGGGAAAGGUUGGGCGCAAUCUUGUAUCGAAAGAAGUUGGGCGUUCGUCCGCCAAAGGGGGAGGUGUCUGGUCCAUCACGGAACCGCAUGAGAUUGAAGAGACCUUGCGUGAUCUGGAAGCCACCGCAAAAGAGGAAGAAUGA